AUGCCGCUGCCGCUGGCCAAGGCGAGGAGGGGGUUCUCCCCGCAGCCGGAGCCGCAGCCCGCGCGGUCGUCCGGCAGGUCGCAGCUGGAGCAGGACGUCAAGAGGCUGCGCAAGGCGCUGCAGGAGGAGACGGCGCUGCACGCCGUCCUCGAGGGCGCCCUGGGCCGCGCCGCCGUCACGCUCGCCGACAUGGCAUACCUCCCCACCAACGCGCAGGAGCUGCUCUCCAACAUCUGCAUCCUCGAGACCGCGGUCACGAAGCUGGAGGAGGAGAUGGUCUCCCUGCAUUUCCAGCUCAUCCAGGAGAGGAACGAGAGGCGGCUCGUCGAGUACCGCCUCAAGCACCUCCCCCCGCCGCCGUCCGCUUGCUCCUGCCACUCCGGGAAACUCGGACCAGAUGAUACCACGGGCGAAAAAUGCAGUAGCCAAGGGGAGGAGGUUUAUCCUCGUGCUGCCUUGCAUGAACAAGCUGUGAAACUACAGAGACAGAUCUCUGUUAAAGGCUUCGCAGAUCCUAAUCAGCUCUCCGAGGACAUGGUCCGCUGCAUGAGGAACAUUUUUAUUUCGCUAUCAGAUUCCUGCAGAGACUCCUCAAGGAAUUCCUCCUUGGAGAAUCAGCAGUCUAUUCCAUCCCCCACUGGGAAUUAUUCAAUUUCUGCCUUCUGGUCUCUGUCGGAACCGUCGUCCAUAUCUUCUUGGGUACAGAGCCCUCAGGUGGAUUUGAACUACAACAAUAAUCUAUUAGCUUCGGAGACUGUUUUUGACCCUUACAAAGCCCGUGAGAAGCUUAGCUGGGCUGACAUAGGCAGCUACAGUGCGGCGGCCGAAGUUUCGUGGAUGUCAGUUGGGAAAAAACAACUUGAAUACGCUGCGGAGUCACUUCGCAAAUUCAGAUUGUUCAUUGAGCAGCUGGCAGAAAUAAACCCUAUUCACCUCAAUGAUGAUGCAAGGUUGGCAUUUUGGAUCAACUUAUACAACGCGUUGAUGAUGCACGCUUAUCUUGCUUAUGGUGUUCCACGAAGCGACAUGAAACUGUUUUCACUGAUGCAAAAGGCCGCAUAUACAAUUGGUGGGCACUCAUUCAGUGCUGCAUUUAUUGAAUAUGUAAUUCUGAAGAUGAAACCACCAAGUCAUAGGCCACAGAUGGCCCUGCUUCUUGCCCUUCAGAAGAUUAAGGUACCUGAGGAGCAGAAAAAAUUCUGCAUUGCGGCACCUGAGCCACUUUUGACGUUUGCCCUCAGCUGUGGAAUGUAUUCUUCUCCCGGGGUGAAGAUAUACACAGCAAACAAUGUGAGGGAAGAACUUCAAGAUGCACAGCGUGAUUUCAUUAGAGCAUCGGUAGGAGUAAGUCGAAAAGGGAAGCUUCUGGUCCCUAAGAUACUACACUGUUUUGCCCGUGGUUUUGUUGACGACAACAGCUUCCCUAUUUGGAUCUCGCAUUUUCUACCUCAGCAGCAAGCUACAUUUGUCGAUCACUGUGUGUCUCAAAGGCGGCAAAGUCUCCUGGGCACCCGUACUUUCGGCAUCAUUCCAUUUGAUUCUCGGUUUCGCUACCUCUUCCUGCCAGAUACGGGAUCUUUAAAUUAA